GGCGCCCGCCGGGUAGCUUGGGCGGUGCGAAAGGAGGAGGAGGAGGAGGAGGAGGUGGCGGCGGGCGGGAAGAUGGCGGCGGCGGCGUGUCCGGCGCAGCCCUGGAGCGCGGAGGAGCUGCGGAGCGAGGCGCUGCCCAAGAAGGACAUCAUUAAGUUCCUGCAAGAACACGCGGCGCAGGCGUUCCUGGCCGAGCACAAGCUGCUGGGGCAAGUGAAGAACGUGGCGAAGACGGCGAACAAGGAGCAGCUGAUCGCGGCCUACACGCAGCUGUUCCGGAGCAAGCGCUUCAAGGGCUCGGACGGCGAGGAGAAGGCGGCGGAGAAGGCGAAGCCCGCAAAGGCGGAGGAGAGCAAGGGGAAGGCGGCCAAGAGCGAGGAGGCCGCGGAGGAGGGGCCACCAAAGUACACAAAAUCAAUUUUGAAGAAGGGCGAUAAAACCAACUUUCCAAAGAAAGGAGACACUGUUCAUUGCUGGUACACAGGAAAACUACAGGAUGGAACAGUCUUCGACACCAAUGUUCAAACAAGUGCCAAGAAGAAAAAAGCAGCCAAACCCUUCAGUUUCAAAGUUGGCGUAGGAAAAGUCAUCAGAGGUUGGGAUGAAGCGCUCUUAACAAUGAGUAAAGGAGAGAAGGCUCAACUGGAAAUCGAACCAGAGUGGGCGUACGGCAAGAAAGGGCAGCCCGAUGCCAAGAUUCCACCAAAUGCAAAACUUCUAUUUGAAGUGGAACUGGUGGAUAUCGAAUGAAGUUUCCUUUGCUGCUGGGAAUCCAUUUAUGAUCAAGAAAGCUUCUGAGAAUGCAGUUUUGCUCUUGUGACUUGAGGAUUUAGUUACAACUGUGGCCUUGUCCUGAAAUGAAGUUUGCUUUCCCUCCCCCAACUGCUGUACAGUGCCGUACCACUAAAGCCAACCUCGUUUAUAAUGCAA